GCUGGAGUCCGCUGGCGGCCUCACCGCGGCCGGCCGCUCACGGGAGAACUACAAUUCCCGGGAGGCCGCGCGGCGAACGGGGCGGGGAGGUGGGCGGGGCCUUUGCCUGCAUGGGUCUCUGAGCGGAGCGCCAGCCGCAGAGGAAGAUGGCGUCGCGGAGAGUCGGAUCGUUUCCCCGCGGGCUCGCGGCGCUGCUGCUGCUGCUGUUCCUGCUCGGGCUCCGGCCCGCGGCGAGCCACGGCGGCAAGUACUCGCGGGAGAAGAACCAGCCCCAGCCGCCUCCGAAGCGCGAGUCCCAGGAGGAGUUCCGCAUGGAGAAGCUGAACCAGCUGUGGGAGAAGGCCCGGCGGCUCCAUCUCCCUGCCGUGAGGCUGGCCGAGCUCCACGCCGACCUGAAGAUGCAGGAGAGGGACGAACUGGCCUGGAAGAAGCUGAAGCUCGAGGGCCUGGACGCAGACGGGGAGAAGGAGGCGAGACUCGCACGCAGCCUCAGUGUCAUCCUGGCCAAGUAUGGUCUGGACGGGAAGAAGGACACUCGGCAGGUGACCAGCAACUCUCUCAGUGGCACGCAGGAAGAUGGGCUGGAUGACCCCAGGCUGGAAAAGUUGUGGCACAAGGCAAAGACCUCUGGGAAAUUCUCCAGCGAAGAACUGGACAAGCUCUGGCGGGAGUUCCUGCAUCACAAAGAGAAAGUUCACGAGUACAACGUCCUGCUGGACACCCUGAGCAGGACCGAAGAAAUCCACGAGAACGUCAUCAGCCCCUCAGACCUGAGCGACAUCAAGGGCGACGUCCUGCACAGCAGGCACAUGGAGCUGAAGGAGAGGCUGCUCAGCAUCAACCAGGGCCUGGACCGUCUGCGCAGGCUCAGCCACCAGGGCUACGACACCAAGGCCGAGUUCGAGGAGCCCAGGGUGAUUGACCUGUGGGACCUGGCGCAGUCCGCCAACCUCACCGAGAAGGAGCUGGAGGCGCUCCGGGAGGAGCUCAAGCACUUCGAAGCCAAAAUCGAGAAGCACAACCACUACCAGAAGCAGCUGGAGAUAGCACACGAGAAACUGAGGCACGCGGAGAGCGUGGGCGACGGCGAGCGUGUGAGCCGCAGCCGCGAGAAGCACGCCCUGCUGGAGGGGCGGGCCAAGGAGCUGGGCUACACGGUGAAGAAGCAUCUCCAGGACCUGGCCAGCAGGAUCUCCAGAGCUCGGCACAACGAACUGUGAAGGUGUCAGGAGCCCAGCCUGGCAGGGAGGAGGCCGGUAUGAGGGACCUGGGCUCCCGGCCGUGGCAUUCCCGGGGACAGCCCACCACGAGGGUGGCUUGUUUCCUGGUGACUGCAGCCGCUGCCAUCCCAACACAGGACUUGGUGGUGGUCGCAUCUGGGUCUGAGAUUGGCCUAGCUCUGACCGAGGGGCCUUGGCUUCCGCUCAGCGUCAGCGUGGCGGUCACCGCCCCGAUGUCCACCCGUGGUGGGUCUGCCAGUCCUCUGCUAAAACAACACAGUUACAGAAAAAAGUCUUACACGUCUGCCACUGGAAGUUCUAUGUACAGAGUCCUUAAAAAUUACAGUGCAGUAUUUAAACCA